AUGUUCCCCAUGGCCGCAGAUCCAGCGGCGCCCGUCUCUGGCGUUGGCAUCAAGCGCUCGGCGCUGAGCCACGACCACGAGGAGCGGCCCAGCGGCCGGAGCAAGGGGCCGUCGUCGCAUCAGGCGAACAAGAGCACCGGCAAGGCAAAGGUAGUAGCCGACGCUCAAGACCACGGCAGCGACGGCGAUAACGAGCGGAAGCGGCGCAGGCAUCUCGCCAUCGACAUCAAUAAGGUGCCCCAUCACGACGACGACGACCUCGACAACCCUCUUCCCGCCACCGCCGGCGGCGUUAGCUGCUCGCCGCCGCAGCAGCAUCCGCACCGAGCGCUCUCGCUCGACAGCAAGAAGCGGGAGCUGGAGAUUAAGAAGCGGGAGAUCGAGAUCGAAGACGCGAUGCUGGAGCUGGAGCGGGAGCGCGUGCAGUGGGCUGAGGCGAAUCUGAGGGAGGAGAUGGAGCUGAAGAACAUGCGGCUGGAGAAUGACAGGAUGCGGCUGGAGAACCACCGGCUCCUGGUGAAGGUCAAGCGCAAGGAACUGGAGCUCGGCGUCGUCAGAUCCAAGAGGAUCUAG